UGGACAGGCCAAAAUCUCAGCAAGUUCGAAGUUCUAGUACAAUAAGGCGGACUUCGUCUUUGGAUACGAUCACAGGACCUUACCUCACAGGGCAGUGGCCUCGGGAUCCUCAUGUUCACUACCCUUCAUGCAUGAAAGAUAAAGCUACUCAGACACCUAGCUGCUGGGCAGAGGAGGGAACAGAAAAGCGGUCCCAUCAGCGGUCCGCGUCAUGGGGGAGCGCGGACCAGCUCAAAGAGCAGAUUGCCAAACUACGGCAGCAGCUCCAGCGCAGCAAACAGAGCAGUCGGCACAGUAAGGAGAAAGAUCGACAGUCGCCUCUCCAUGGCAACCAUAUAACAAUCAGUCACACUCAGGCUGUGGGAUCGAGGUCAGUCCCGAUGCCACUGUCAAACAUAUCAGUGCCAAAAUCAUCAGUUUCACGUGUGCCCUGCAGUGUGGAAGGAAUAAGUCCUGAGUUGGAAAAGGUGUUCAUUAAGGAAAAUAAUGGGAAGGAGGAAGUGUCCAAGCCUUUGGACAUACCGGACGGUCGGAGAGCUCCACUCCCUGCUCACUACCGGAGCAGCAGUACCCGAAGCAUCGACACUCAGACGCCCUCCGUGCAGGAGCGCAGCAGUAGCUGCAGCAGCCAUUCACCUUGCGUGUCCCCCUUUUGUCCUCCGGAGUCCCAGGACGGUAGCCCUUGCUCAGCAGAAGAUUUGCUCUAUGAUCGUGAUAAAGACAGUGGGAGUAGCUCACCGCUACCCAAGUAUGCUUCAUCUCCCAAACCAAACAACAGCUACAUGUUCAAACGGGAGCCCCCAGAGGGAUGUGAGCGAGUGAAAGUCUUUGAGGAGAUGGCGUCUCGUCAGCCUAUCUCGGCCCCUCUCUUUUCAUGUCCUGACAAAAACAAGGUUAAUUUCAUCCCAACCGGAUCAGCUUUCUGUCCUGUGAAACUCCUAGGCCCUCUCUUACCUGCCUCUGACCUGAUGCUCAAGAACUCCCCGAACUCUGGCCAGAAUUCAGCUCUGGCGACUCUGACCGUGGAGCAGCUCUCAUCUCGGGUUUCCUUCGCAUCUCUGUCCGAUGACACCAGCACCGCAGGCUCUGCAGAGGCCUCCGUCCAGCAGCCAUCCCAGCAUCAGCAGCUCCUGCCGGAACUGCAGGGUGAGGAACACACCUCUGCUCAGAACUACGUCAUCAUCUAAAGCAGAGGGGGAGCUGGCCUCCACCCCACGUUCCAAGGACUGAUCUCAGACAUCUAUCUGCAUGGAGUGACAGACUUUCUGAGUACCACCACCGACAACAAAAUACUUAUCAGCAUCAUAAAAUAGCUCUUAACACUGAUCUUGGCAGGGACGGAACUCCUAUUUAGCAGUUUUUGUGGAAAGCAGUAAUGCUUGCAAAAUGUACGUGUCAUUCAGCAUUUUAAGUGGAGACUAUGCAUUUCAUAGUAUGUUUGACAGAUGAGUACUGUGUCCUGUGUUUUGUUCCAAAUUCUUCAGUAUAAAUAAGCUCUAAUAUCAAAAAGUUGCCUGUCUAAAUAGAAAACGUCUUGCUGUGUUUUGUCCUAUGGAAAAUACUGUACUUCGGAAUUAUGUUUACAAUUGACCCAGGUGUUUGUUUCUAAUUUCUGUAAUACAUACAAUGCAAAAAAAAAAAAAAAUGGCCACAACAGAUGCACAGUGCCCACCCUAUGGCCUAGCUUCAGGUACUUCAGUUGAAGUCUAACUCAGGUAACUUGGAAUGUAUAUCAUAUUGGGAUAUUAAAUAUUUCACAGCUACAAAGCUAAAGAGGGAGCAUCACUCUUUUGCCUUUCCUUAUUUUGUGCAUUUCCCUUUCCUCAUUACAUUCCAUACUCUUAGAAUAAGAAGUGCAUUCAACCCUAGGUGAGCGAUAACCCUGGACAUGGGUGAACUUGAGGAGAACCGGCAAUCUGUGGUGUGUGACAUCACUUUUGUCAUGUGCUUACGAGUCAGACGGCUGUUGCAUUCCGUGUCAACAUGUGUAAAUGUGGCAGUUUUCAAAGUUCAGGUGUUGUUCAGUUCAUGACUGUUACAAUGUUCAAGUAAAGUGUUCAGUACUAGAUGCGUACAUAAAACAUUCCACAUCAUGUGUGAUGAAAUUUAAACACAAGAAUGUCGAGGUUUAAUUUCAAAAUGAGCAAAAUUUCACAGGGGAUGGAUGAGGGUUUUUUUUUUGUUUAUUUUGUGGUUUUUUUGUUGUUAUUGUUGGCCAUCAGGUUCAUAAUUGCUACCGUUUUUAUCUAAAGACACAUUUGUGUUUAGUUUCUGUUUUGGAAAUUCUUUGAUUUGCAGGUUAAAGCAUGACACACACUUUUGGUGUAUUUUCCUCAUGCAGUUUGGGUGAAUGAGUUGCAUUCCCCCCAGAGAGAAUGCUCGUCUCAAUUGAUGCUGCGUCAGUAGGUUAUUUAGUCACUUACAAAAACAGUAGUUUGAGCCUGUCUCAUUGAAGCCUCACAUAAUACUAUCAUCAAUAGUUUUGUUAAAAUUUUGGAUUUACGAAGUAGAGCAUAAGCCCAAGUAAGUCACCUUGAACUUGCAGACUUGACGUAAGUUCUCCAGAGUGUGAAGGGAGCACUAGAUAUUCCUGAUUGGUUAGUUAGCGGGAGAGCUUGACUAUCAGAUGUUGCUUUCUGUAGCACAGAGAUCUGCAAAUAAAGAGAAGCUUUUAUGUUUUUAUUCCAUUGUUUUCAGCUCAGUAAAAACCUAGAGUUGUCUCAUCUGCACCUGAAGUGUAUGGCACAAAUUUUUCUUUUAAGAAUUCAUGGAACAAGGUGCCUACAGUUAAAAGAAUGUUUCAGUUCCCUUCAGUCAUUCUUGGGAUUUGUUGUUGUUGUUAUUGUCGUUUGUUUUAAGGAGAUUGAAGAAGGAUGAGGUGAUACAGAAGAAUGCAACACCAUUGGUUUUUUUUUUUUAAUAUUUUAUAUAUUUGUACAUGUUUGUGUGUGUGCGUGCAUUCCGUGUACUGUUUUGUCACGAUCCUAAUCUUUCCACCAAAGUUUGCAGUAAUAUUCUCUCUUGAAGGUGCAUUCUGGCUCCUUUAAAUUAGUCAGUGUUAUAUUAUAGGAGACUGUCAUGGAGAAAAGGACUCAGUUUACUUUUGCCAUUUUCACGGGGGAAUCUUUUAAAACAACCUUUUCAGCAGCAGACACCUUUAACCCUAAUAAUCUCAGGCCUUGAUGAAAAUACUAUAUUUUGUAGAUUAUGGUUAAAGGGAGAGAAUUCCUAGUUCCGUAAGAUAAAUAUGAGCUCCAUUUAACUUCUGAUAUCAGUUUAACAUUACAUGAUACGUAGAUCUUACGCUGUGCUUUUGUCCAAAUAAGAUGCAAUAGUAUCAAUGUCAACUUCAGAAAGAUGGAGUGAAUUUGCUUUUUUGGUGAUGAAAUCUGAUGUAUGAUAUUUAUAGUGACAUGUGCUUUUAUUUUCUCAUGAGAAACUAAAUAUUGUGUUGUACAUUUGUUCUUAGCAUAUAUUAAAGUUUUGAACCAAAUGUGUCAAAGCUUAUGCUUUGCCAUGUAAAUUUCCCAGAAGUUGUUGAGCUCAAAUGUAUCCUACAUUCAGCUGUAGAAAUUUGUCAGAAAUUGUUUAAAUUUUGUAUAUAGUUGUACUGUUUAAUUUUAGCCACUGCGCUGAACAGUAUUUGCGUUACCAUACAAUACGGCUUUACACAAGGAAAUGUGUGGCUUCUGUUUUGUAUUUUUUCAGUAUAGAAGUUCCUGUGUCUUAUUUAAAUAAAGUUAUUAGUAAAACUGGAA